ACUGUUUUAGGGUUUACCAGAUCAAGCACUCAACCCGUUUCUCCAUCUCAGAAACUCUCCAAAAUCCUCAAGUUUUCCCUCUGUUUAUCUGUUGAUUACUUUACAGAUGGUCCGUGUAGUUUUUAUUCACCCUGACCUCGGCAUUGGAGGCGCGGAGCGAUUUGUGGUUGACGCAGCUCUCGCUCUGAAAUCCAAAGGUCACUGCGUCCAGUUCGUUACUGCACACCACGAUAAAAGCCACUGCUUCAAGGAAACUAAAGACGGUACACUUAAUGUGACUGCUGUAGGCGACUGGCUUCCUAGGCAGUGCCUUGGACAUUUCUACGCCUUCUGGGCUUAUGUGCGAAUGAUCUAUGCUGCUGUAUAUUUGGUGUGGUUCUCGGGUUUAAAGCCGGAUGUUAUCAUGUGUGACCAAGUGUCCGCGUGUGUACCUGUUCUAAAGAUGAGUAAGGCUAAGGUCUUGUUCUACUGUCACUUUCCCGACAUGCUACUUACGCAGAGAAAGAGCCUGCUAAAGCGGCUGUACAGAGCGCCAUUAGAUUGGCUUGAAGAGAUCACAACAGGCAUGGCUGACCUGGUGCUAGUCAACAGCAACUUUACUGCUGAUACGUUUCUCAAGACAUUUAAAACACUGAGAAGUUCAAGACCAUCAGUUCUCUAUCCCUCUAUAAAUUUUGAAUCAUUUCACAUUCCAUUUGACCAUGAGGAAGUCAAGGACUUGAUCCCACCCACCGCAAAGCAUGUCUUCCUGUCAAUCAAUCGUUAUGAGAGGAAGAAGAAUCUUCCACUUGCACUGGAAGCAUUGGACUGGCUGAGAAACACUGUCAGCAAAGAGGCAUGGAAAGAAACCCACCUAGUUAUUUCUGGAGGUUAUGAUGAAAGGGUUGGUGAAAACAAGCAGCAUUAUCUGGAACUGCAAGCUCUAGCAUCAAAAUACAACUUGAGUGAGAAAGUCACCUUUAUCCGGUCCUUCUCUGAGAACCAAAAGCUUGCUCUGUUGGAUUUCUGCUGUUGUCUCCUUUACACUCCAAGUAACGAGCACUUCGGUUUGGUCCCAAUAGAAGCCAUGUAUGCAGAACGCCCUGUCAUUGCAGUGAAAAGUGGUGGUCCCCUUGAAACUGUUAGUCACAACAAAACAGGGUUUUUGUGUGAUCCAGAUGCAGAGUCAUUUGCCAAGGCAAUGCAAAAAAUUGUUGAGGGUGACAAAUUAAGAAAGAGUCUAGGAGAGGCUGGCCGCCCACAUGUAAUGAGCAAGUUCUCCUUUGAGGUCUUUGCAGAGCAGCUUCACACUUUAGUUACAGAUAGCAGUAGACCAAGCCGUUUAUGGUCUGUUGUGGUGACUUGUGUGCUAAUGGUUGUUGUAUUCUGUGCUGCUGCAACAUUUGUGCUUAUCAAAUGACAGUGACAAGUUGAGAUAGAUGUGAGAGAAAACUUGCAUUUUUUUUUGUUUAGAGAUAGACAUUUGGCAUCUUGAAAAAGUUAUGUUACCUAAAUCCCUGGUUUCUUAUUGUGCUGUUAGCUAGGGUUCUGGCUCCCCUUAAUGGUUGCAAUUAUAUUACAGCAGUUCUGCUAAUACUAGGAACUAAUCACAGCACACUAUCAGGGUGGACUUAAAUUACUAAGUUGAAAUGAAGGGGGACCUGUUGAAAAGAGUCACUUUUGAAGUGGUUGGUCUGCUAUAAACAUGACAGGUCUGAUAAAGCUCAAAAUGUUAUGCAGCAAAAAAAGAAAAGAUAGAAACCACCCCAAAAAUACCAACACCAAAAACACUGAGAACGAAAAAUAAGAUUGAAAAAGUCGGAGAUCCAACAUGCUCAUUCCUGAGCCUCCCCUGCGGCUUAUUGACUUCAUGUGCAACAGGUAUAAUGCGCUUAUAGGGCCAUACCAGUCUGUGAAAAGGCUGGGCGGUGUACUACACAAUACUGAAGACCAAAAUUGACCAUUUUUUGCUCUUUUUUUAAAUAGGUAUGGAAGGAUCUUGAUUCUUUAUUCAAUCUUCAGGGAAUAAGUACAACUAGUCUGACAAUGCUAGAAGCUCAGCAGUCAGUGCUCUGAGCGGCAGAAACAGAGACUGGUAUUGAUUAGUUAUCAGUUACUCUGUCUUUGUCCAUGUGGUUGGAUGAGCAUAUCGAAUACUUAAACUUGCAAUACUGUCAACAAAGUCACAAGUAGUAUGAUUUAUCUAUUGGAGGGGUUGUAUAUGAUAUUUGGUAUUAGGCUUAGAACAGCAAUAUCACCAUUUUACUUCUGUUCUAACAAUUUCCUAUGUUUUUAAUAGAAAAAGUGAAGUGUCAAAAUUGUAAAAGGAAGUUUCUUUAAGGAUGUGACUGAUAAUUUAGAACUGUUGGCCUGUUAAUGCAGAUUCUCAUAGAUUCUUUUGUCUUUCAACGGUUGAGGUUUUCGUUGGUCUGACGGAACUGGUGCGAUUGCUGCUUUAAUGCCAGGUUUCUGGUAUGAAACACUUAAAAAAACAAUCCAUUAUCAGGAUUUUAUUUCCCUUACGUAGUUAAAAAUGGCAAACAAAAAAAGGUAUAAAUUUCAUAUUUAUUGUAGUGGCUUAUUUACAAAAUUACUAAAAUGUCCCUAAUGAAUAAAUAAAUAUUAUUAUGUACAGCAAAAUGAAAUUGGUCUGUAUAACAAAUAAUAUGAAAUUUCAGAAAUAUAGGUAGAUCUAUACUUACUUGUUGUGGAAAGCCAUCAUCUGUACUGGAAAAAUAUGGCUGACCAAAAUUAAUCCAUGUAGGGGAAAACAUCUCACAAAAAAGGACCAUAUUCCUAGUGAUCAAUCUUGAUAAAUGAAUAAAUAUCUUUUUUCCCAAAA